CUUGAGCAGGAGAGUGGAUUCGCCCUGAGGCGGUUUUAUACGGGGUGGAGCAUUUCUUUCGGGGUUUGUCGAGAAAAGACCGAAAAGGAAGAGGAGAGGCUGAAGGCGCGUUAUCGACAGGGGUCAUCUGUUAUUUUGGUGUGAACCAGGGGGCGUUCCCUGGCAAGGAACAAACCUUUCCCCCUCUGACUAAAAGCUGGUCGGACUACAACUCCCAUCGCUCGUAACGAAAGCGAUCCUUUGGCUUUUCCGGCGGAGGAAGAUGAGAGAAGAGGUGGCAAAACUGGAAAAACAUUUGAUGCUUCUCCGUCAGGAAUAUGUCAAAUUGCAGAAAAAACUGACAGAAACAGAGAGAAAAUGUACCCUCCUAGCUGCUCAGUCAAACAAAGAGAAUGCCAGUGACUCUUUCAUCAGUCGACUGCUUACCAUUGUGGCAGAAUUGUAUGGGCAGGAGCAAUAUAGUGACCUGAAGAUCAAGGUGGGAGACAGGUACAUCAGCGCUCACAAAUUUGUAUUGGCAGCCCGGAGUGAGGCUUGGAGUCUGGCCAACUUAGUGUCAACAGCUGAGCUAGAUCUGUCAGACGCUGAUCCCGAGGUGGCCAUGGCAAUGCUGCGUUGGAUUUACACAGAUGAGCUGGAGCUGCGAGAAGACGACGUAUUCCUGACAGAGCUGAUGAAAGUAGCAAACAGGUUUCAGCUGCAACUCCUCAGGGAAAGGUGUGAAAAAGGAGUCAUGUCACUUGUAAAUGUAAGAAAUUGUAUCCGCUUCUAUCAAACAGCAGAAGAGCUGAAUGCCAGCACUUUAAUGAACUACUGUGCUGAGAUAAUUGCUAAUCAUUGGGAUGAUUUGAGGAAAGAAGAUUUCAGUAGUAUGAGUGCUCAGCUCUUGUAUAAAAUGAUCAAAUCUAAAACGGAUUUCCCUUUGCAUAAAGCUAUUAAAGUGGAAAGAGAAGAUGUUGUUUUCCUAUAUCUUAUUGAAAUGGAUUCACAGCUGCCUGGAAAGUUAAAUGAUCUGGAUCACAAUGGAGACCUUGCUUUAGACUUAGCACUUUGUCGAAGACUGGAAAGCAUUGCAACUACCUUGGUGAAUCACAAAGCAGAUGUGGAUAUGAUGGACAAGAAAGGCUGGAGUUUGUUGCAUAAAGCAAUUCAAAGGGGAGAUAAAUUUGCUGCUAAUUUCCUGAUUAAAAAUGGUACCCGGGUGAAUGCUGCAACCCUGGGAGAUCAAGAAACUCCCCUGCAUCUUGUGGCAUCCUAUAACUCCAAGAAGCACAAACCAGAAGUAAUGUCGGAGAUGGCGCAGAUUGCGGAGUCCCUCCUAAGGGCAGGAGCCAAUCCUAACAUGCAAGACAGUCAAGGAAGAACUCCAUUGCACGCAUCGAUUGUUGUGAGAAACGACCAAGUAUUCAGUCAGCUGCUGCAGUGCAAACAACUUGAUCUGGAACUGAAGGACCACGAAGGAAGUACCGCCCUAUGGCUUGCGGUUCAAUAUAUUACCAUGUCUUCUGACCCAUCUGUCAACCCCUUUGAGGAUGUCCCUGUGCAGAACGGCAAUUCCUUUGAUGAGAACAGCUUUGCCGCUAGACUCAUCCAACGAGGGAGCAAUACUGAUGCUCCAGAUACAGUGACAGGAAGCUGCUUGUUACAGAGAGCUGCGGGGGCCGAAAAUGAAGCUGCAGCACUCUUUCUAGCCACACAUGGGGCCACAGUCAAUCACAGGAAUAAAUGGGGUGAAACACCACUGCACACCGCCUGCCAGCAUGGUCUAGCCAAUCUCACAGCUGAGUUGCUGCAACAAGGAGCUAAUCCAAAUAUCCAGACAGAGAAAGCAGCACCUUCCCCAAAGGGGACUGUCAUGCCUGGCACUGCGGAUAGUGUUUGUUUGCAAACUCCUCUUCAUAUGGCAAUAGCCUAUAACCACCCAGAUGUGGUAUCGGUCAUCCUGGAGCAAAAAGCUAAUGCUCUCCAUGCAACCAACAACUUGCAAAUCAUUCCAGACUUCAGUCUCAAGGACUCUAGAGAUCAAACUGUGCUAGGAUUAGCACUGUGGACAGGGAUGCACACGAUCGCAGCUCAACUCUUGGGCUCUGGAGCCUCCAUCAAUGACACGAUGUCAGACGGACAGACUCUGCUACACAUGGCGAUACAGAGACAGGAUAGCAAGAGUGCCUUGUUCCUCCUAGAGCAUCAAGCCGAUAUCAGUGUCAGGACUCAAGAUGGAGAGACAGCUCUUCAACUAGCAAUCAAAAACCAGCUUCCCUUGGUAGUUGAUGCAAUCUGCACUAGAGGAGCAGACAUGUCUGUGCCGGAUGAGAAGGGGAACCCUCCCCUCUGGCUUGCUCUUGAAAAUAAUCUGGAAGAUAUUGCUUCAACGCUGGUAAGGCACGGCUGUGAUGCAACUUGCUGGGGCCCAGGACCAAGUGGUUGUUUACAGACAUUGCUGCACCGGGCCAUUGAUGAGAACAGUGAACAGAUUGCCUGCUUCUUGAUCCGCAGUGGCUGUGAUGUGAAUAGUCCAAGGCAGCCAGGUGCCAAUGGAGAAGGUGAUGAGGAGGCUCAUGAUAGACAGACGCCAUUGCACUUGGCAGCUUCCUGGGGACUUGAAGAAACAGUGCAAUGCCUUCUGGAGUUUGGUGCCAACGUAAAUGCACAGGAUGCAGAAGGAAAAACCCCAAUCCACGUUGCCAUUAUCAAUCAGCACAACACCAUUAUCCAGAUGAUGAUCUCACACUCUGCCAUCCAGCUCAACUUAAGGGACCGACAAGGGUUGACCCCCUUUGCCUGCGCUAUGACGUAUAAGAACAACAAGGCAGCAGAAGCGAUUCUCAAGCGGGAGCCUGGAGCUGCUGAGCAGGUGGACAAUAAAGGUCGGAAUUUCCUCCAUCUGGCUGUUCAGAAUUCAGACAUUGAAAGCGUGCUCUUCUUGAUCAGUGUCCAAGCAGAUGUGAAUUCCAGAGUCCAGGACACCUCCAAGCUGACACCAUUGCACCUUGCUGUUCAAGCUGGCUCUGAAAUUAUUGUGCGCAAUCUGCUGCUGGCAGGUGCCAGAGUCAAUGAGUUGAACAAGCAUUGCCAGACUGCCCUCCAUCUUGCAGCCCAGCAAGACUUGCCCACAAUAUGCUCAGUCCUUCUGGAGAAUGGCAUUGACUUCGCUGCUGUGGAUGAAAACAAAAACAAUGCUCUCCACUUGGCGGUCAUGCAUGGACGUCUGUCAAACAUUCGUGUCCUUCUGACAGAGUGUAAUAUAGAUGCAGAAGCCAUUAAUGCCAGAGGCCAGUCCCCAAUGCACAUCCUGGGGCAAUAUGGGAAAGAGAAUGCAGCAACUAUCUUUGAUUUUUUCCGGGAAUGUAUGCCAGACUAUCCGCUUGACAAGCCAGAUACUGAUGGAAACACGGUGCUCCUUUUGGCCUAUACAAAGGGAAAUGCCAACCUGUGUCGGGCUAUAGUGAGAGCUGGUGCUCGCUUGGGCAUCAACAACAAUCAAGGGAUCAAUAUCUUCAACUAUCAAGUAGCAACUAAACAGCUUCUCUUCCGGCUUCUGGACAUGUUGUCCAAAGAACCUCCCUGGUGUGACGGCUCCAAUUGUUACGAAUGCAGUGCCAAGUUUGGUGUCACUUUGAGAAAGCAUCACUGCCGGCAUUGUGGGCGUCUGCUGUGCCACAAGUGUUCAACCAAGGAGAUUCCUAUCAUCAAAUUUGAAUUGAACAAGCCCGUCCGCGUUUGCAACACCUGCUUUGACGUCUUGACUGUUGGGGGUGUUUCCUAGUUGGCUAUGAGAAGGGAAGGGACUCCCAGGGAAUGCCUCCCCUUCCACCUUGUAAAAGGCCUAUCCCAAGUCACAUCUCAUGGAGAAGGGGAACCUCAUAGUUUAUCUUCCUGUUACAGUGGACUCUGACCAAUUUAAGGGACCAUGCAAAUGCUAUAUUCCAGUAUAUAUGAUUUUUUUUGUGAGGGGGGGUAUAUUAAUGUUAACAAUGAAAGAAACUGCAAUGGGAACAAACUGGGAAUGCUACAGAGAUUCUGUGGGAAAACCAACAAGAUUUGGUUGAGCUGCUCUGUUGCCAGUUCAGAGCAUUGCAAACCAAGAUUUUUGUACUUGCUGAUCAUGCAACAAAAAAAGUCCUUCCUUGGUGAUAAAACUGUGACUUGGCUGUUCUAAAGUCUUAUCACACUUUUUUAAAGAAAAGAAAUAAUAUUGUUAGCACUUACAUUUCUGGGUAAGUAUGAGCUGAUCUGCCCCUUUUGUUACCUUCCUGGAGAGAACGUGUUGGUGUUCUCUGAAUAUUUUUUUUUUUUACAAAGGGCAGCUGUGCCAGGCAUAGGGACUGCUUUUACCCAAAAAGAGGUUGACCGCAAGUUAAGUUUUUGUUUACUGCAUUGCUGAAAAUUUUGUGUGGCCUUAUAAUAAAAGCUUUACCACUUCUCCUGUUGAAAAGGAGGCUGGCUAAAGCUCCUGGAUUUUCAGAACCCUUGUUUGCUCUCCUGCGUCAAAAUUGGGGAGCGAUGAGGCCAACUUUGCUAUCAAAUUCAAUCAGGUUUUCUUAAGGAAUGAUUAAUAAUCCAAGCUGUCUUUCAGUAAUGUAUCAAAAACUUUGCAAAUAGUCCUAUGUUUACAGUGAUGUUGAAGGAAGGUCUAAUUAUAUGGGACUAACUCCACAUGCAGUGAUGAUGCUACUGUGGGGCAAGACGACUAGAAGCCGAGAUGAUGAGACAGGGAUAACCAGGAGAGGUAGAAUAGUGCCAGUAGAGCAGCCAACAGCAAGACAGUGACCCUUGGAGUUGGUCAUCUCUGUCCAGAAAUCUUGAGGCAGCCCAAGGUGAUUUACAAAGCCCUUAUGCAUUAAGAUGACUGUUGCUGCUCACAUCAAAUCCAUGUAUAGGGAGAAGCCUGUCUUGAGCCAGAUAAAGUAGAAUUGGCUUGCGGUUUUGACUCCUGUAGGCCUCUUUCCUCAGACAAAGACAUUUUAUAGUUGUCAGGUACCACAGCAGGUGUCUCUUCUAAAAUCUUGGAAUAUAUACAAGGGAUAUUUUUUUUGGGUCAUAUGUUUAACACAGCAAAAAAAAAGGGGUGUGUGUGUGUCUUGGAUUCAAACCACCAUGUACUUAAAUGUAGAGGAUUAGGGUGGGUUGGUGCAAUCUUAUAAACAGAACCAAACCCUGGAAGAUAAGCAAGCCUUCCAUUGCUUCAUAAAUGGGUUAAUUGAAACAUGUGUCACUCUUCCCUUCAGUAACCACUACUUUUCAGUGUCUAUAUGUAUGUAAGGGAAGAGAAAAAUAUUAACCAACUAAAAAUUGCAUUCUCUCUCCUUUCUAGAAUACUAAUGAGUCUUGUAAUGUUACCACAUGGGUGAGUGUAUACACAUACACCAAACAGAGUGUUACUUUUUAUAAUAUAUUUCUGUGAUUUGAGGGACAUAACAGCUUUACAUGUUAAGCAAAAUCUCGGGAGAAUGGAGUAGAGAAAGACUUAAGGGGAAGAAGUCAAUGCUACAUUUCAAAUUGGAUCCCAGUUUGCUGCUUGGACCUUCGGAUCAGUAGGGUGAAAAACUGGAAUUCUGCCUUCAGUGACAUUCAGGGAAGAUCAGGGGAUCCUUAGUAAUUAUUUGCCCUUUUCUAAAAUUUCUGCUUGUAUCUAUUUGUUUCAAAAGGAUGAACUGCUUUGUCAUUUAACCUGUAAUCGGUGCAAUCUCUACCCACUCAAAGAAAUAAGCUACUUUGUGAGGCUGUAGGCAGGCAGCUUGUUUUGGAUAACUAGAUGGGAAAUGCAAUAGUUCACCUAGUAACUUGUCACACUUCAUCUGGGCAAAUGUAGGUGGAAGGUGAACAAAUUGCUAGUUUUUCAGUUUACCUUGGUGAUUCUGGUAUUUUUUAAGAGUUAUUUUUUUCAUAGACACAUGACCAUAUUUCUGCACUGGCAUUAUGGACAUUAUGUAACCACUUCCAGGUUGUAAAUUGUAUAUAUGAUAGAUCAUUAACAUGCCAAAAUUAAGCAGGCCUCUCUCAGUAUCAAUUGAGCUAUGGAAUUUCCCAGUUAAAGAUUCUAUUGGGGCAGUGUGCUUGAAUUUGAAAUGGACUUGGUGGAUUGCACAAAAGAAAUAAUUGUAAAGCACUUUUAAUAAAAACACUUGUAUCUGAGCCUAUUCUACUGACUGGCCCAAAAUUAGUGUUUUGUUUUAUUUUAAAGAAAAUUGUUCUUGCUAGUCAAUGUUUAAGUGUUAACACUUGAGGACCUGACAGCGUCACAUGUGCAAUACUGUACCAUGAUAGAUUAUAAAUUGGCAAAUUAACAAAUGUUAAUUUGUUCUAAUGAUCUGAACUUGUGGUCUCAAACUCAUUUUCUUGGAGAGAAAAAAUAUUUCGGUCGAUUGUCUUGAGAUUCAGCACGUUUCAUUCGUUUCUGGCGUGUAUUUCCACUUAAACAAUGGCAAUGCUGUUGAAUGAAACACAAGGGGAGAUGGGGAGAACACGGCCUGCAUUUUCUUAAUUUAUUAAGUGACAUUUUCGGUGUGGUCUUGUGAGUGGUGGCUUGAUCUCUCGUUACCAAUUAUUUCCUUCUUGGUAUAUUUUUAUUUCCUUCUUGGUAUAUUUUUAUCUGCAAAUUACAUGAUGAAAAGUGGCUAAAUGUUGUGAAAGAAUGUGAGAAUUUGAACCACUGUAAACACUAUAAAGAUGGUUACGGAAUGUAAAUCAACUGACAGAGAUACUUUUAUCUGUGUUGGCUUUGGCCAUGGCAUCAAACUCUCCGGGGAUCUUGCUUUCUUUGUUUCAAAGCACAUGGAGGGAGAUGUGCUUUAUUUGUCUUCAAGGCACAAUGCAAAAAGUGCAACUUUUUAGAAGUUUGGAAGCAACUUGCUAAUUUUCAUGCAGUCACAUGUUCUUGGUUUCUCAUCUUAAAAGGUGAUCUGCUUCUUCAUGGUCUUAGGUUUAAGAUUCUUAAACCUCAGUGACCACAUUUAGAUCCCUUUCUCCCAUCCCUCCCUUCUGCACAACUUCAGUCAUUGGUCAGUUUCCCCAUACUGCUUAUUCUGUACUUCAAGCAUAGGCAUGGAAUAUGAUUUCAGCUUGUGAAUUCAGCCCUUCCCUUCGCAUCAUUACAUCGCGAAACUGAUGGUAACAAAAGUUUUGCGCUCCAGUCUUAUAAUUUGUGACAGUACUUACUGUAUAAUCCAGCAGGUGAGCAUGGAAAGAAUUUAUAUGUUUCAUCUGUGAAGAGUUUUGGACACCAAAUCUCCUGUUGUUUUGUAGACAUUGUUCAGCAUUACUCUGCAGCCAGUUCAUCCGAUCUCAGACCUCUUUAACUACAACCUGCUCCCCUUGCUUUUUCUGAAUGGUCACCAUGUGCCAUCAAAAGGUAGUUCUAGCUAGAAAACAUGUAAGACCAACUUGAUAUAAUUUAAAUCUGUGGAAUGCAGGCAGUCUGGAAACUAUAUUUUUGUCAAAUGAGUUUUCUUUUUCAGUGUUCUGAGAGCACUGACCUGUUUCUUGAUUAGCUCUGAACCUAAGAUCCCGAAAAUUGAUUUUUCUUUGUUCAUUUCCUAGCAUGUUAAAAAAAAAAAGUUGUAUGAACCAAUCUAUAGAGGUAACUCAUGAUCACUCUAGGAGUUUGUGCUUCUUUAUAAUUUAAAAGCAAACUUCAUUUCAGCAUGGCUUAAGCUCAGCCUUCUCUGAAGCUGCCUAGCUAUGAGUUUUAUAGUAGCAUUAAGCUGUUGGCAGUGCAGAUUACUAAAAGGACUAAUCUGUGUUUGGGAAAGGAUAACUGCUUGGCUUAUGAAAGAGUGGUUGUGAAGUCUUGUAUUCAAGUCAGAGGGACAUUAGUGGAAGAGGAAACUUUUCUACCCUUGGUUCUCCCACAUAGCAACUCGGGUACUAAACCUAGAUAUCACAACAUCAGGUAACAGAAUUAAGCUUAUGAUGUCCAAUAUACCAGAGGUCUCCAACCUUGGCAACUUUAAGCCUGGCGACUUCAACUCCCAGAAUUCCCCAGCCAGCAAAGCUGGCUGGGGGAUUCUGGGAGUUGAAGUCCGCCAGGCUUAAAGUUGCCAAGUUGGAGACCUCUGCAAUAUACAGUAGCUAUUUGCAAACAUGCUACUUUGUUUUGAAGUUGGGGUGUCUGUAUUAUUGCAUUAAAUAAGUUUUGCCUAUACUUUUUUUUUUUUUUAAAAAGGCAUAGCUCUCCUUAUGGAUUAACUGUACAAAACUGUAGUCUUGUCCCUACCAGACUGGGGUUACUUCAGUCAACACACCACAAUACCAUUUUCAUAGCAAGAAACUAUAAAACAUCUGCAAGUAAUAUGGCCUGCUUUUCAGCUGUUCUGAAUUUGAGAAACAAAGUCUUAAUCAUUUUUUAAACUAUUACUCUAUAAUCUUUCCUUCAAAAACCCUGUAAAGCAAUGUAUUUUUUCUAAUAUUUAUAUGCCAACUUGUAACUUCUUCUAAUAAAGCAAUUUAACUGAA